CAAGAGUCGCCUAAAUCUGCGCUAUUAAGCAGGAAAAUCUCUCGAUGGAAUUUGAAUUGUGACCUAAGCUUGACCCUGCACCGUGCAGUAACACCACGACCUGCAGAGAAUGUGGAGUUUGUCAUGAUUCUGGAGCCUGAGGCUUGAGCCAACAGCCCCCUUGGAGCGAACUGGGUUGAGGUCAAUGACGUGAGGAGAGAGAGGGACAGAGGGAGAGAGAGGAGAGGAGUGGAGCGAGUGAGUGAGUGAGUGAGGUGAGGUGAGGUGGGGGGGUGCUGGAGCAGCUGCAGUGAACUAGGCCCUCGGAUCGGAUGAAGAUGCCCCUGGCAUGACAUGAGCCGAGCUGAGCCGAGUUGAGAGCAGGCGAGCGGAACUGAAGACAAGGAAGGGGAGCAGGGCGGGGCAGGGAGGAGCAGAGAGCAGAGCACAGAGCAGAGUGGGGGCGUGAUCUCCCCAGGUGGAAGACAACCCACAGUCAAGGGGCAGAUUAUCAGAUCAUCCAAUUCGUCCUUGCAUAGCAGUUGGCAUCUCACUCUUGCUGUGUCCGGCGGCCGCUGCUGCUGCCGAAGGCGUGGCCUUGCAGGGGAGUGGACUGGACUGGACUGGACUGGAGCGAGGGAGGGAGAGCGAGAGGGAGUGAUGAGGGGGCAUGUCAGCGCCGAUUGGGAGAUGGAGGUACUAGCAGCACCAGCAGCAGCGCGACGAGUCUGAGGUAGAAUUUGUUGGGAUCCUCGGUCGUGGUAGUGGUGGUGGUGGUGGUGCAGCAGCAGCAGCAGCAGCUCUUCAGUUCGCCGGUCGUCUCGUCUUCUCAUCUCUGCUCUGCUCUGCUCGGGGCCUUCCGUUGAGUUUCGUUGUGCGGGUGCUCGAGGUUGCGCCGCUGCUGUAUACGCAUACUGGCGGAUCGGGAGGGCCGCAGUGUAGAUUUCGCGCAGGCGAAUCGAAGAUCGUGAUGGCGGGUGCGGGUGCCGGAGGCAGCAGCCAGGAGGCAGAGCGGCCUUCAGACGAGGAGGCAAUGCCAACCCCGCAGCAGCAGGAAGCCAUGCUGAAGAAGAAAUACGGCAACCUCAUCCCGAAGAAACCUCCUCUGAUUUCCAAGGAUCACGAGCGAGCAUUUUUUGACUCGGCCGACUGGGCGCUGGGCAAGCAGGGAGGGCACGGGGCAUCGGGAGCCAAGCCCCACCGCAGCCCCAUGGAGGCUCUGCGACCUAAACUUCAACCGACCCCGCAUCAGAUGCUGCCCGCCAGGAGAUCUUCGUACGUUCCUCCGGAAGGAGAACAAGGCGAAGGGCACGGAGACUCGGAGCCUGACGCCGGGCACGAUAUCGAUGACGAUACUACCCCGAAGUAAUCGAACCAUGAAACGAAUGGCCGCGAUUGCAGUCUUCCUAGGCUAGCAUUGCGAGGCAUUCCGGGGCGGACCCCCGCCUCCUCCAGCGAUGGAAGGCGUGCGUCUGUCUGUAUGAAUCGUAGGAAGUUUUCUUGUUCUUGGAACCUGAGAUGGGAUACGAUACUCUCGACUUGCUGAAUUGACGGACAAUUGAUGAUAUUGUCUUGGGAAGGUUUUAUAAUCGGACCCUUUUGUGCGCGGGUCAUAUCCAGGUUUGAGAUUGAGAUUGAGACGGCUCGAUCAUUCAACGUCGGACAUUUGGUGCUCCUAGAACGCCAUUUGUCGCAGAGUUUGUGAUGAGAGUGCUUGAUACUGCGGUUGGGCAAGCGAGAGAGCGAGAGAGAUAGAGAGGGUGCGAGAGAGACAGAGUCGAAUAGAGAGAGCGAGAGAGAGCGAGAGAGAGAGAGGAGAGUUCGAAAUUCCUUUGCCAAUUCAAGCUCGUGGAAGAGUUCAGACCAUGGUGGGGGGAGGGAGGGAUGCAUCCAUCAGCACUUGAGACUCAUUCAACCGUUGCAUGUCACUACGGGCAGAGCGCAGAUGUCCAUGUUUCUGGAGCAAUUGUUCGGAAUUAGGGUCUGGGCGUACCGGGGCCUCACCGGCGAGUAAAUUCAAACGACGGAUGGCCAGCGCCAGAGGGCUGCAAUAUAGAUUUCGCCUAGACCUGUGUAGACUUCCUACACCCCCAGAACAUUGCAUCUCGUUGCUACAGGCUCUGUCAUUGUAAAUAUGCAGUUUUACGUGAAGAGUUGAUUGUUUGAUGAUGAUGAUGAUGAUGCGCCACAGCAAACCGUUUGAUGUUAUAGUAAAGCUUGCGUUACUUGGUGUGAGAUCCAAC